AUGCCUGCAAAGUGUACCAUCCUUGCGUUACUCACUUUCAUCCUUGUCAUGUCGUUCAACCAAUGGUGCAAAGGCCUUAGAGACGCCUCAAACAAUGUCAUGAAUGCCCGUCGUGAGCGCCAAGCCCCACAGCCUCCUCCUGUGCCACAUACUCAGUCAGAAGCUCCCUUGCAUGACGGGGCGAGCCAGCCGGAGUUUGAGAAUCUCAAGCCAUAUGAAUUACCAGUGCAUCAUUCACCCCCACCUCCACUGGUACAUUCAAGUCCACCACAGCGACCGUCGGGCCUUCCAAAUCAUAAACGGCAGCUCCCAUUACGCUUUCAGGAUGAGCUUCCUGCUCUCCCCAUUCCAGUUCCCAUUCCUCCACCUGUAACUGACAUUAAUCAUGCUGCUUCUCAGUCUGAUGUCGAUGCCACCUCACCACGUUCUGGUACCGAGUCUGACAUGGAAUCAGAUGAAGAUGUCUGGGUACACACGGACCAGGACACCGUGUGUUCCACUCAUACCUGGGAGCUUUCCCGUCCUGAUGGUCCCAGCGAGCAUAAGCGAUCCUGGUAUGCAGGCUUUGGCACUGCUGUUGAUGCUGUCAAUCGCACCUUCUUUGCACCUUUCCUCAAUGUUAUGACUUUUCGGCUCAUGAUGCAAGAGGUGAUACUUGCCGAAGAUUUUGAGCGCGAGGACUUGAGAGGAUUUUCUGCAUCUCGGGAGGCUAAGAGAAUGGAUCAGGCAGGCGAAGAUCCAAACUUGGGUUUGUUUACAUCUGACAAGUGGCGUGAGGCGUCUGUGAAGAUUAAGCUGCCUGCGGAGAAGGAGAAAUUUGUGUCAGAAGCAGAUGCCCCCGAAUUUGAAGUCAAAGGACUUUACUAUCGCAAGCCGCUUGAAGUUCUCAAAUCAGCAUAUGAAGAGAUGUCCUCAAGGACGUUCCAUACUACUCCCUUCAAAGUCUUCUGGCACCCUGACGAACAUGAAUUCCCUGAAUGA